AUCCGAGAUCCGAUUAGGUAUCGUAAACACCCUGAGAUGAGCGGUGGGAGCCCCGUGCCUCGUGAAGCUCUUGAAUGUUGUAACAAAAGAACAUCAGUAACUGAUCAGUAACCACCGCUCCUGGCGCCGUUCACUUGCUUGUGUUGCUUAAUUGGUGUUGCUAAGGUCACUGUUUCUGAUUGUUUUUGCAAUCGCAGUACUCAGCAUCUUUAAUUCAUACGUUGAAAAGUUAUUUAGUUCGUAAAUAAGCACCCUUGAUCUGCCAUCAUCAUUUGAGCGGUGCAGAUAUCUCAUCAAAUUAUAUCUUGAACAGAACUUAAAGUCGAUCAAGUUUCAUCAAGAUAGCGGAAAACAAACGUAAUGGCAUCGAAAGAAAUUUCUGAUGAAAAAGAAGUUGAAAAUAAUGUGAGUCUCCCACAAAAGAAGCAGACAACGUCUUCAUUUUUACCUUCGUAUUCCAAAAGUUAUUCUGAGACAAGCAUAGAUGUGAUUAAAUUUGACUAUACAUGGACAAUUAAAAAUUUUAGAUAUUUAUGUGAUAAUUUAAAAAUAUUAAAGUCUCCAUCAUUUCCAAAAAGUAAUCAAUAUAUGAUUCAAAUGGAGCUUCCACUUAAUUUUCCCAACUUACAAAACUACGAUAACCAACGACUACAUGUAAUAAAGUUAUAUUUACUUACUGCUGAAUCAUUUAAUGGUACAUGUACUACAACUAUAUCGCGUGCGCGUACCAUAGGUUCAUCAAAUUCUAUUUUGGGUUGUAUGUCAAAUAUGAAAAUGUUAUGUGAAUAUUCGUUUUAUGAGCCUUUUUCUUAUACAGAUUCACUUACAAUUUAUUGUAAGUUUCAAAUUUGUUAUAAUUUGAAAAAUACUUCUAUAAAUACAUAUGACUUAUCACCUCCAACAGUAUCAAAAGAUUUAAAAUCUCUUGAAGACUCCACUUGUGACAAGAUUAAAAAUAAAGAAUCCAUCACACUUAUUUUAUCAAAUACAAAAACCUAUAAUAUAUCAAAAAAAUUGUUGUGCGAUGCCAGUAAUUACUUUAAAAAUAUAUGUAUCAUGCAUGAGGUAGAAGAAAAAGAUUUAACAAAGGAAUUAAAUGCGACGGAUAUGCCAAUUUUCGAAAAAAUGUUAUUUAUUAUAAUUGGCAUACAAACAGUAGAAUUGUAUGAUUAUUGUACGGUUACACAAUUAUUAUCAAUGGCUGUUAAGUAUGAUGUACAAACUGUAAAAUCAUCAUGCGAAUAUUAUUUGCUAAGUCACAUUAAUAUUAAUAAUGCCUUAGAGCUUAUGCAUCUUACGAUUUCGUCUUAUGCAAAAUUGUUAGAAACGCAUUUGAUCAUUUUUAUUAAGCUUCAUAUGAAAGAAAUUUUGAACCCUGGAAACUUAAAUGAUAAAAGCAAAAUAAUGCUAAAUAAGAUAAUGAAAGUAUUAGAAAAAUAUGACACAUUCCAAAAACAUGAAACCAUUACUCACUUUAAUUUACUAACAGUAGAAUCGCAUGAUGAUUGUUAAUACCAUAAUGGAUAAGAGAUAUUUAUAUCUAUUAAUAUUUGAUUCAUAUAAUAUUGCAGUCUUAGACUGUAAACUAACAAAACAUGAUAAAAGUAUAUUUCUCAUUUAAUUAUGAACAUUUUUCUUUUUUUACAAAUAUAAUUUUUAAUUGUUAUAUGCGACAAUUUAUAUGCUAAUUACUAUUAAUACAUACUAAAAGAAAUUCAUGAUUUGAUAUAUAUGAAUGAAACUUAUUAGUUAUGUUUAACAUGAUAUAUGUGUACAAGUUGAUUUAAAAUAAAAGAAUUCUUACAUAUAUCAACUACAGAUAUUUAAAUUUCUAUUAGUACUAUAGAAGUAAAAAUGUUCAGUUAUUUUUCUUUAGACCAUCUUGUGUCUGUGUAGAGUUAGAAUCUUUAGCAAUUAUAAGAAAGUGAGUUAUUAAUUUGAUACACAAACAUGUAAUAAGACACACAAUAUUCAGAUCAAAAAAAUAUAGCUCACAUAAAAAUUA